AUGAGGAUCGUGCUGCUGGGAAACAGAGCUGCUGGGAAGAGUUCAUCAGGAAACACCAUCCUUGGCCGAGAAGAGUUUGACACCUCAGAAAGAACAGCAGAGUGUGUGAAAAGAAACGGGGAAACAGCAGGGAAAAACAUCACUGUAGUUGAGGCACCAGGAUGGUGUAAGGACUGCACUGUAGAGCAAACUCCUGAACGUGAUAUACGAGAAAUUGUCCUCAGUGUGUCCCUGUGUCCUCCAGGACCCCAUGCAAUACUCCUGGUCAUUAAUGUGAGUCACACAUUCACAGAGACUCACAGAAGAGCAGUGCAGGAACACAUGGAGCUGCUGGGUGAGAGAGUCUGGAGUCACACUAUAGUGCUGUUCACAUGGGGAAUCUGGUUAGGAGACACAACCAUUGAGCAACACAUUGAGAGUGAAGGAGAGGCUCUGCAGUGGGUUGUAGAGAAAUGUGGGAACAGAUAUCAUGUUGUAGAGAAUGAGAAGAGUGAGGGUGGACAGGUGACAGAGCUUCUGGAGAAGAUAGAGGAGAUGGUGGCAGGAAACAGGGGCUAUCCAUUUGACAUUAACAUAAAUCUGUCUGAGAAACUACAUGAGAAUAAGAAGAAAGACGUGAAAAGAGCAACAAAAAGGCAUAUGAAGGUACAGAAGAAGAGGCAAAGUCUCAGAUCAUUAGCAGGUGGAGUUCCACACAUUUCUGACAUGAAGAUUGUGCUCCUGGGAAACCAAUUUGCUGGGAAGAGUUCAUCAGGAAACACCAUCCUGGGCCGAGAGGACCCCAUGCAAUACUCCUGGUCAUUCAUGUGA